CCUAACCGCCGUUUCCGCUCGGACGCAUGCACUGCAGCACACAACUUGCAAAAUUCUUGCAUGAACUGCAAUCCGUAUAGUAUUUGGAGUUCUGUGACGACAUCCUGGUUCUGGAGAACGGGGAGGUACUGGAGUCGGGGAACCAUCAGGCUCUGAUGAAGGCGAAUGGACGCUACGCUCAGCUCAUCAGGUGGAACAGUCCAAGACUCAGACAGAAGAGGAGGAGGCUCCGCCCCAGCACGCCGCAGAGGAGAUGGGGGAAGUGGAGCUGAGACAUCGUUCAAACAGCGGCAUCGUCAACCAAGCCUUCGACAUAACAGACGAAUACGAGAUGGGAGUCACAACCAGCACAAAAGCAUCUGAGGGUGCUGACCAGCUGGUCAGCCAGGAGUCCUCCACAGAAGGUGCUGUCUCCUGGAGAACCUACCAGCGCUACUGCAAGGCAGCGGGAGGUUACAUCAUCAUCUUGAUCACCUUGCGGAACGCGGUGGUGAUGAUUGGAUCCAUGGCCUUCGGCAACCUGUGGCACUUUUUCACACAGGGACAUGUAGCUUUGGAUAUGUUCUCCCUUAAUAAUAAAAGUUUUAUUUAA